GUUUGUGGUAAAUAGAGGGAGGGGCUGGUCAUACAAUUUUGAAGGAGUCGUUAAUACAUUCUGAUUGUAGAUGGAUAGAAGCGACUUAAGAAUACCUCUUUUCUUUGGUUUGGUCUGUAAGGAUUGUUUUGAAGCCGACUACAAGAACAUCAAACUCCUGACUACAAAGUGCUCACAGUCUCAAAAAUGCACCAUUGUAUUACUCAUACAUGUAGCAGUCAAUGAUGAGGGGAUGCUGGAACGAAUCAGACCACUACCUAAGAGAUUAUCCCCAGGGAAGAGGUUUUCCAUGUGUAUGAAUGCACGUGGGUCAUGUAAUCGAGGGGGCAGUUGUACUUAUGCUCACAGCAGGUUGGAGCAGAAGGUUUGGAAUACUCAGUUACGUCGGCCUGAGGUUGACUGGAAGAGAGGUAUGUAUACAAGGUGCUUGCCUUUCUAUGGUUGGGUCUGUGAGGAUUGCUUUUAUGCCGAUCCCUGCAACACUGAUCUCCUGAUCACAAAGUGCUCGCCGUCCCACAAAUCCACCACAGUAGUGCUGAUAUACGUGGCAAUCAAUUAUGAGGGAAGGUUGAUGAGUCUGGAGGAGAUCAGACCAUUUUCAAGGAGUGGGCAAUGUAAAGGGAACAAGUUUCUCGUAUGUAAGAAUGGAGCUGGGGGUUGUGAUGCAUUUGAUUGUACACUUGCUCACAGCAAGACAGAGCAGGAGGCUUGGAACUUUCAGUUAAUGAAGCAAGGGGGGAGAAGUGCCUUCAAAUUCGGUUUUAAAAAAGUUUCUGCGCAAAAUGAAAUCCCUCCCUUUAGACCCAUCUCCCCCUCCACAUUGACACCCACUACUGCUGUUUCAUAUGCACAAGUGACGCGAACAAAGACAAGGCGACCAAAAAGACACGUACAGGCUUGCCCUUUCAGACACCAAGCCGUUCUCCAGAAGUGGUUCCCACCAUUUCUAUGGGGAAGUGAUCCAAAUGCCGAUACACUAACAACUCAUGAUUUAAUGGCUCUCUACUUGGAUAUGUUUCCAAAAAAUGAGAAGAAAGUCUAAAGAAACAUUACAUUCCCACGUUGUACUAAACAGAUAGCUCCUGCUGAUGCUUAUAAGUAGUACCAUUUGGUUCCUGUACUGUAGAAAGAAGCUAGCUAUGAUAUAUUAUUCUUGGUGCAUUCUCUCCUAGAUCAUCCUGCCUUCACUUAUUUCUCUUUUGUGAUACGAUUUAUGAUUAAUUCUUAUGUUAAUAUGAAAAGACAGAUGCCCAUAUUAUUACGAAGAACUCAAUGAGA